AAAAACCCGCGUCCUUCCUUGGUCGCCUCGCCAGAUGCAUCCUCUUCGCACCGACUUCUGUGCUCUGAAUCGGUUUCACUACCGAAUGAUAAAAGGAGAACCAAGAAUUUCCGAUUUUGUAACCCUUCUAAGUCAUCACCGCUGCGAUUGAUUGGCGUUGUCAUUAACUCUUUGCUCCCGUAAUAUAAAGUGUCGAACUGCAAUCAGAUCAUGGUAAUGGAUGUGAAAUAUUUGGUAUUGAUAACAUUCUGUUACGUUGUGGGAAGAAUUCAAGUAAAAGAUACUGGAGGAAAUCUGAGGAAACAAUCCAUCGGCUGAAACCCACUUAGCUGAGUUCUACUGGAAGAAGCAGGAAGUCUGACUAGCAAGUGUUUUCCAUAUAAAUCUGGACUAGUCUUCGUUACCGAAGGGGAGCACGUCCGUUUAACGUGUAAUCUGUAUAAUGCAUUCACUCCACUUGACAUGAGCAACCUUCAAGCACACAGAUUGAACAUCAGCUGGUUCAAACAUACUUCUGAAGGUGGUCAUAAAAAGCUUUUAGGAGAAGCAGGCAGGAUUACCUAUGAAGGAACCUCAUUAGGAUUUUGGCCUGCAUUUGUGAAUGACACUGGGAAUUACACUUGUUCUGUCUUCAAUAGAACUUAUAAUGUUAGUAGUGCAGGCACCUCUUUGAAUGUACACAGGAAUGAAGGAUUGUGCUCUGAUUGCUUCUUUUCUCGUACCGAAUCUGUUGGAAAAUCAAUUAGGUUGUCCUGUCCAAAACUGAAAGAUUAUAACAGCAAGGAAGAUAAUAUCAUAUGGAUGAAGGACUGCAAGGACAAAGUUCACACAGGGAAUGCAUAUACCAUUUUGAAAGUGGAGGAAAAGAGUGCUGGAUAUUACUCAUGUGUACUCACCGUAGGAAAAGAUGGAGUACAAUAUAAUGUUACAAGAACAAUUAAAUUGAAGACCAAAGGGUAUGUUGAACGAUUUAUACCAAAAUUAGUUUAUCCUGGUAGGAAAGAACAAAUUGAGGUUGAACUAGGAGAUAAGAGAGAAAUUGAAUGCAAAGCAGUUCUUGGCUACAAAAACAAUCUUUUCUGCAUGCUAUAUUGGCGAUAUAAAAACAGAUUCUUUGAGAUAAAUGGAACAGUCUAUGAAGGUCCUGUGAGGAAUGUCUCAGAAGGCAAUAGAAUAUAUAUGAUAAGGCCCCUUGUGUUCAAAGGAGUCAAAGCAGAGCAUCUGAAUGAACCUUUUACUUGUGCUUUAGAUUGUCCAGAGACUAACUUAAAUGGUAACAUCACUCUUCUGGAAAAAGGCAAGCAUGACACCAGUCUAAUAUUCCUGCUGCUCUUCACAACCUUGGCUGUUAUCAUUAUUGUAGCAGUUGUCUAUGUCAGGUUCAAGAUAGACUUUGUUCUUUGCUUCAGGGACUUAACCUCCAGGGAUGAAACUCUACAAGAUGGUAAGGAAUAUGAUGCAUAUGUAUUGCUUCUUAAGAGCAAUGAGGCUCUCAUCAGUGCUGAGGGAGAAACUUUUGCUUUGAAACUGUUACCUGCAAUUCUAGAACAAAAAUUUGGUUAUCGGCUGUGCAUUUAUGAACGUGAUGUUCUUCCUGGAGCAGCUUCUGCCAGUGAAAUACUUUCCUACAUUAACAAAUCCAGAACAUUGAUUAUUAUACUGUGUGCGGAGUGCAUGGCAAAUGAUAGUUCUACGUAUGGCCUGAUGACAGGUCUUCAUCAAGCUUUGGUUGAGAGGUUAAUAAAGCCAAUACUUAUUGAAUAUCUUCCAAUAAGAGACAUUACACUUUUACCACAGUCACUUCAACUUAUUCUGAAAUCAGACAGAUCAGUGAAGUGGACAAAUGAAUCUCUAUCACAGAAUUCAUACUUUUGGAAAAAGAUAAGGUACCUUAUGCCAGCAAAAUACACUAAAACAGCUGGGUGGUCCUGAAGUGGAAGAACUGGUUACUCAUUCUUUGACACCAGAAUCUGAUAAUCAAGUGAUUAUGUGAUUACUGAUAAUGAAUUGUGGAAAAUUCGUUGUGUCUGUGACAAUAGAAUAAAUAGUUUUCAAGUUCGGUAAAAUCUUUAAUAUUUUGAAAUGAAAUUACAAAAGGAUUGACAAAUAAGACAACUAAGUAUGUAACAAGAAGUAGUAAUGUGACAAAUACUUGCCCUUUUAAUCUGCAAUCUACAAUAUCAUACCUCAGUACUUAAGUAAUCUGAUCUCUUCAAAGAUUUCAAUUGGCCUGAGGAUAUAGAGAACUAUAGAGGAUAGAAUAAACAUCCCAGAAAUAAAUAUAAAUCAGGAAUUCAGGAAGCAUGGGAGACAAUCAGGAAAAUUACCAUAAUCAAGAAAGUGGUAGUGAGCAAGUAUUUGCAGCUGUGGGCGAAGAAGUAAUUGAAUUCUCAUGUGUUUCAUCCGAGGGUUUUCAAAGAAGUGGUUUGUGAGAUGGUUGAAGUGUAAUUAUUAAUUUUUUCAAAAUUCCCUAGAUUUUGGAAAGGUCAAAUAAAUUAGAAAAUAGUAAAUGCAACUCUCUUAUUCAAAAAGGAAGAGAUAGAAAGCAAGAAACUACAGGUUAGUUAGCUUAACAUCUGUCAUAGGGAAAAUGUUAGAAGCAAUUCUUGAAAAUAUGAUGGCAGGUUCUUAGGAAAAUUCAAGGCAACCUGGCAAAGUCAACUUGGUUUUGUGAAAGGGAAAUCAUGUUUGACCAAUUUCAGAAUCGGGUUUUAUCAGAACACUUUGAAGCUGUUUCGCGAGCUGAUGAUAAAGGCAGACUGGUGAAUCUAUGAUACUUAGAUUCCAGCAGACAUUUGAUGAGGUAUUACACCAAAGGCGACUGUGGAAAAUAAAAGUUCAUGGUGUAGGAGGUAACAUAUUGGCAUAGGUGGAAGAUUGGCUGACUAACAGGAAACAGUUAUUUUUCUGUUUGGCAAAAUGUAAUGAAUGGUGUGCCACAGGGAUCUGUGCUCUCAAGAAUUACAGGUUAUCCAACUAAUUUGGAUGAAAGAGCUUAAGAUAUAGUUGCUAAAUUUGGUAACACAAAGGUAACAAAAAUAAAUGAAAAAUGCAUAUUAUCUAACUGGGGAGAGAUUGCAGAACUCUGAGAAGCAAAGGGAUCGAGGUGUCAUGAGGUAUCAUGAUUCACAAAAGGCUAGUAUGCAGGUAAAGCAAGCAAUUAGGAAAGGUAACAGAAUAUUAUUGUUUACUGCUAGCAGAAUUGAAUACAAGAGAAGGGAGGUUAUAUAAAGCAUUGGUGAGCCCAUAUCUAGAAUACUGUGUAUAGUAUUGGUCAUCUUAUUUGAGAAAUGAUGUAAAUGUGAAGUAGUUCAGAGAAGGAUCGCAAAUACUAAUAUGAGGAAAUGUUGGGCAGGCUAGGCUUGCAUCCAAUUAGUCUACUGGGGUGGGAGAAGGCUUUGUUGAAACAUAUAAGAUCCAGAGGCAUCUUUCCAUGGUAGAUGUGGGAUAUGUUACUUUUUGUGGGGGAAUCUGGAAUAAGAGGUCACAGUUGGAAGAUAAAGGUUUGCCCAUUUAAGACAGAGAUGAGGGAAUUAUUUGGCUCGUCAGCAAAUCUCUCAGCAGGUACUGGCUUCCUCAAAGGUCAGUGGAAACGGAGUAUUUGAGUUUUUUAAGGCAAAAGUAGAUAGCUGCGUGAUAAGCCAAGGGUAGGCUUGAAUGCAAAGUUGAGAUAACAGUCUAUGGUGACCUUGUAGAUUGGUGGAGCAGCUCCUUCUGCUCCCAAUUUGUACAUUUAUAUGUUUAGAAGGAACAUAUAUGUGCAUGUUCUGUAACUUUAGCAUGUUUUUCAGAAAUUUGGCGUUAUUAAUAUUGUCUGUUUACUGUUAAUUCUUCAGCAAGGUCUCAAAAGCAGCAAAGCAAUGAACACAACUUUGUUUUUUAUAUUAUAGCUGAUGGAGAAAGGUCGAACAUAACAUUAGGAGAACUUACUGCUCUUCACUGAAUAGUUAUGCAGGGUUUUUAAUAUCUGCCUGAAGUAAUGGAAAGGUCAAAUGGAACAUUUGAAGUAAUCUUUAUUUCUAUUAUUAAUUGAUUA